GACUCGAACUCAAUGCUGGUUUAGUGAAAUUAGACUCCCACCCAGUAGAAGUUAUGUGUGAAACAUGUCAAGAAUCACAUCUGAAGCAAUAAAUUGUUGGUCCGGUUAUUUGGCAUGAUCGUGUGAAUCAACGGCUAAGUGAGAAUUAAAACAAGUGACUAAUGAAUGCUAUAAAAAAAAACCAUAUAUUCGAGACUCGAGAGACUAUAAAAUGGAGACUACCAAAGCUAGGGCUGGCACUUUCCCCCGACCGCUUCGACUGCCAAUCUUUCUUCCCAAAUUCACCUCUCUCAACUUCUCAAUUUUCUCAGCGAUGAAGUUUUCCUUAAGAAAAAAGGUAGCGAUGACGUCCCCUUCUUGCCGCCACCACCACCACCAUUACCACCACCACUACUACUACUACCCGCCGCAGCCCGCUUCUAAUUACGGUCAUGAGUUCGGGCAUUACCCGGCUCCUCCCUCGGCGCCGCCGCUUCUUCACCCCCACGGCGGGGAGACAUUCCACGAUCUCAGCAGCAAGCCUUCAUACAAGGUUUACUGCAAGGCCAACCCUAAUUUCCACCUCGCCAUUCGAGACGGCGAGGUGGUGCUCGCUCGUGCCGACCCCAACGACCCUUGCCAGAACUGGUUCAAGGACGACAAGCACAGCGCCAGGGUGAAAGACGAGCAAGGGUAUCCUUGCUUUUCUCUGGUCAACAAGGCCACUGGUCUGGCCUUGAAGCAUUCUGGAGACACCAGCCGUGUCCAGCUGGUAGCUUACAAUGAGUCAGAUGUGGUUGACCAGUCGGUGCUCUGGAGCCUGGGCAGGGACGAGGGCGGUGGUUUCCGGGCGAUGAGGAUGGCCAGCGACAUUCAUCUGAACGUCGAUGCAUGCCGUGGCAACAAGGAGUGCGGCGGGGUCCGCGAUGGAACCACCAUCGUUCUGUGGCAGUGGAACCAAGGGAGAAACCAGCAGUGGAAGAUCGUCCCGCAGUGAAUAUUAUUAUAUGAUAACCCUGGUCGUUUAUGUUUGUGGUCAUUUGGUUCUGUUUUGAGACCACAUUUGUUAGUUUUGUAUUUAAUCUCAACUUUUGCAUUCAAUAUAAUUAACCUGCAGCGGAUUUCGGUUUCCCUCCUUUUUGGUUCUGGAUAUUUGAUUUUUGCGUGUGCAUGAAAGCCUGGAUUACACGUGUGAAGAUUAUGCAUGCUGUGGUAUCCGUAUCAGAGAUUAUGACAUUUUUGUUGUGUUCGAGGUUUGCAUGGGGAAGGACCGUGUUUGAGAAUAACGAUGACUAUAUAUGCAUGCAAUGGUCACGAGGCGUGUCGUUCAAGACCAAUGGUAAUGCGAGAUUUGAUGGAGAAAGGAGAGGGAGGCAGCAGCAGCAGGCACGCGAACAAUCAACUUGCCAACGACGUCGGUUCCGCUUCUUCCUACUCCGAUGCAGAAACACUACUCGUAAAUACGGAUAUCGUGUCAGAAUCCAACUCGAUUGGGUUGGUAAAGCGCUCAAAUUUAAUUAUCGGCUAAUUAAAUUACACGUGGUUUAGAUUAUUGAUUUCUUUUUCACGUUUAUCAUCGUCAAUAUCUUCACUUAAAUAUUGUUUCAUUGUCGGAUAUGUUGGUUAUUCAAAUCCUUUAAUUUUAUUUUAUUUUACGUGACACAGUCCACAACAAUUUUUUACUUUGGGAACAUACCAGGCAGAAACUAUUCUUUGCGUAGAUUGCAAAUUUAUUUUGAAGGGCAUGAAUUUUCUCGACCGCAGCGAGAAAAUUCAAAAUUCUACACAUGAGACUCACCUAUUAUUUUAUGUUUAAGUGUAUAUGAAUAUAAUAUUUAAGAAAAAGAUUCAGAAAAAUAAAACUAUUAUACAAUUCACUAAUAUGAGUAUAUGACAGUUUCAUUAAGGGUUAAUAUCGUGCAAAAAUUUAGCAGAAGUUACGUUUAUAAUUAAUUUUGCGAUGAUAG